AUGCGAGGCGAAUUUUUGCAGUAUGAACAGACUGGAUUUUUUGCGAAGUGGCAGCAAGAAUUUUUCCCUCAAGACAACGAGUGUACUCGUCCGAGUCCAAGAGGUCCGCGUAGUCUGGGCCUCGACGAUUUAGUGGGAUGCUUCACACUCCUUGGGACUCUUCUAACGUUAGCAACCAUCGUCUUCGUUGUGGAACUCCUGGUGAACAACACUACCCUGUGCUUCUCGUUUCCUCUGACGUUCUUGCCGAAUCCAGCUCUGAGACGUCCGUGUUCACAGGAGAAAAGGGUAGAGAUGCCACGCAAAAGAGCUUGUAUGUUCAAUGAUGCUUUUCGAGAGAAGAAGAGGGAGUGUACGAAUCCAGCUCUUAAGACGUCCGUGUUCACAGGAAGAAAAAAGAAUAGAAGUGUCACGUCAAAAAGCUUGUUUAUUCACUGAUGCUUUUCGAGAGAAGAAGAGGGAAUGUAUACGUCAUUGAAUCUUGUUUGUUUGUUUUUAUCUACGGGUUUACAGUGAUUACCAUAUCCGCUGUUGAUAAGCUGACUACCUGCCGUCGAAAGAGUGAAUGUGAUGUGUGUUUAUUGACUUACAAAAAUGUUCAGUAGAAUAACGUACGUAGGAAAAUCUGAUAAUGGUAUUGUUAUUACGUGUACAUGAUGAUACGGAAAAACACAUUUUGUAUUUCCGUUUGUUUUGUCGACAUCGCCUUUGUGAUAAGAAAUGCCUAAUUAAGAUAAUAAUAUGAGAAUGCUGUAGAUAUAAUAUUAGUUGUAACAUUGACGAUUGUUGGUUUACAAUGCAAGUGAUGAUUAAAAUGAUGCGCAACAGAUCGACACCUUUGUAUUAAUGGGCAGUCAUCGAAUGAACAUUCAUGUCAUGGAACCAUUUUUUUUCUCUAGGCCUACCUGAAUGUUAUUUCUAAACAAUAACCUGGAUAGAUCUU